AUGACGCUUCUCUCUGAUGUUUUUCUGGGUGCGCACCUUCGAUCCGUCCUCUUGGUCUACCUUCCUGCAUCUUUCGUCGCAUACUAUGUCAUCUGGACCGUCUAUACUCGAACCCUCCAUCCACUAGCCAAGGUUCCAGGACCAUUCUGGGCAUCGGUUUCACGAACAUGGCUCAUGUGGCACCAUCACAAAGGCGACAUUGAGAUUGUCGAGCGCGUUCUUCACCAGAAGUAUGGCCCCAUCAUUCGGAUCGCACCCGAUGAGGUAGUGACGACCGAUACCACAGCCAUUCCACACAUCUACCCGGUUCAAAAGGCCCUACAAAAGACUGAUUGGUACAAUCCAUGGCGACCAUCAGGACUAAACAGCCAGCCGGAUUUGUUCACGCAGACCAACGAGAAAGCGCACGCAGCGUAUCGAAGGAUUGUUGGAGGUGUCUAUUCCCUUUCCAGCAUACUGAAAAACGAACCGAAUCUGGAUGCGACCUUGGAACUCUUUCUUGAACGGUUGGGUAGCUUCGCCGAUAGCAACGAAGUAUUUGACUUUGGUCUUUGGCUCGAGAUCGUCGGAGUCGCCUUCUUCGGUCAAGCCUUUGGUUUUCUCAAGGACAGCAUCGAUUACAACAACUACAUCCACUCGGUCCAUCUUGCAAUGCCAUUUCUUACCCUUCUGACAGUCACUCCGUACUACGUACGACCGUUUUUACUUUUGGUCGCUGUGUGCAUCCCGAGCUUACUGAAGGCUGUCCUGGCUGUGGAGGAUAUCAAGAAGACUGCGAUUAUAGAGACGAAGACGGCUACCGAGAGAACCCUUGAAGUGACGGGAAAGCGACCCGACUUACUUUCUCAGCUUCUGGCGAUUGUGCAAGAAAAGGGAGAGAAGGUCAACUACUCGCACAGAGAGAUCACAUCGGACAUGUGGGUUGCAAUCAUGGCUGGAGCUGAUAGCACGUCCAUCGCAAUGCGCUCCGUUUUCUACUUCUUGAUGAAGAACCCCGAGAAACUGGAAAAGGCGCGCGCAGAAGUCGAUGCGGCCUUUGAGAACGGUACCCUCUCAUCACCAGUACAGUACAGUCAGGUAUCUUCUCUUCCAUACCUCGUAGCGACUGUAAAGGAAGCCCUGAGAUUAUUCUCUCCAUUCUCGGUAUCGAUGCCUCGAUAUGCUCCAAGCGAAGGAAUCACUCUGUGUGGGAAAUACAUCCCAGCAGGCUACACAGUUGGAAUGAACCCUUCAAUCGUUUCGCACGACAAAGACGUAUUUGGAAAAGAUGCGCUAGAAUUCUUUCCCGAGCGAUGGCUGCAGAGUGAAGAUCGUACGCGGGCGAUGGACAAGACAAUCCUAGGUUGGGGUGCUGGGACACGCACAUGCGUUGGCAGGCCCCUCGCUUUGACACAAAUCUACAAAGUAACUGCCGAGGUAUUGCAUCGAUUCGACUUUGAGAUGGCACAUGACAAGCCAUGGAAAACGCACAAUGCUUCUUUCAACGUCCAAACUGGUGUUGAGUGCAGGUUCAAGCGAAGAGGUUCGACUACACCUUAG